AUGCGGCGUCCGUUCCUAGCGGGAGGCGCAUUAGAGGUGGGUGUCAUAAGGGCAAGGGUGGUGGGGGUGGCAGUGGCGCGGACGUUGGCAGUGGUAGUAGUGAGGGCGAUGGAGGUGGUGGUGAAAGGGGUGGCGGGGGUGGUGGGGGUGGCGGGGGUGGUGGGGGGUGGCGGGGGUGGCGAGGGUGGUGGCGGCGCUGGGGGUGGCGGAGGCGGCUUGGGUGGCGGUCGUAGUGGAACUGACGGGGAUGGAGGUCAGGGAGCUGCAUCUGGGAGCACAGCUAGUGGGCGCGAAGGUUCUGGGGGUGGACAGCAGCGGCGGUCGUAUCGGCAGGAGACCCUUCUCGCUGCCGCAGCUGCGUGCAUGGGUGGUCCAGCGAGGUGGCCCCAGAGUAGGAGGACGUUGCACCUAGGUUAG